CGACCGACUUUCUGAAUCGCCUGCAAGCCCCAGCGCGAGCUGGGCCUGUGCUGCGCCGAGAUGUCCGGAGGAUCAGCUAGGAGCCUGGGGAAGGGUGAGGCCUGCCCGCCGCGAUCCGCGGCGACCCUCAGACGCGUGUCGGGGCCAGGGCCUGGGGGCCGGGCUGCUCCGGAGCGGAGCCACGCAGGAGGAAGCGCGCCCCCAGGGCCGGUCCCCGAGGGCCUGAUUCGCGUCUACAGCAUGAGGUUCUGCCCGUUCGCCAAGAGAACGCUCCUGGUCCUGAAGGCCAAGGGAAUUGGGCAUGAAGUCAUUAACAUCAACCUAAAAAAUAAGCCUGAGUGGUUCUUCAAGAAGAAUCCCUUCGGCCUGGUGCCAGUUCUGGAAAACAGUCAGGGUCAAGUGAUCUACGAAUCUGCCAUCACUUGUGAGUACCUGGAUGAAGCAUAUCCAGGAAAGAAGCUGUUGCCAGAUGACCCCUAUGAGAAAGCUUGCCAAAAGAUGGUCUUUGAGUUGUUUUCUAAGGUACCACCUUUGUUAUUAAGCUUUCUUAGAAGGCAAAAUAAGGAAGACUGCUCUGGCGUGAAAGAAGAAUUGCAUAAAGAAUUCAGCAAGCUAGAGGAGGUUCUGACUAAUAAGAAGACAACCUUCUUUGGUGGCAGCUCUCUUUCUAUGAUUGAUUACCUCAUCUGGCCCUGGUUCGAAUGGCUGAUAACCCUGGAGUUAAAUGAAUAUGUAGACCACACUCCAAAUCUUAAGCUCUGGAUGGAAGCCAUGAUGAAAGAUCCUGCAGUAUCAUCCCUCUUCAUUGAUCCAAAGGCCUUUCGAGGUUUCUUAGAUCUCUACUUGCAGAACAACCUCGAGGCCUGUGACUAUGGGCUCUGAAGGGGACAGGAGUCAACAAUGAAAAUAUAUCUGAUAUUUUCCUUCACUAAUAUGAAUAAUAACAUGCUUUUAUUUUACCAAGUG